AUGACAGAGUUAAGACGAACCUCUGACGACAUUAAUGCUAUCUAUGAUGAAGUAUUCAGUAGUGAUUAUAAUAAGAAGAGACUUCUUGAUAAGGCUAUAUCCAAAUAUAUUAAUGAUCAAGCUGCUAGAGGUGUUAUUACAGAACAAGAAGCAAAUGAAAAUCAUAAAGGUGAUGGUGAAACUAGCAAAGAUACUGUUGAAAAAUCACGAAAAAAUAGCAAGACUGCAGUAUUAGAAUCCUUCUUUAAAAACAUUAUUGAGAAUUGGUCAUGUCAAAUGAUACUUACUCAAUAUACGUAG